AUGGCGUCUUCUAAUGAAAACUAUCCACGGGGACCAUACGAGGUCGGCAAGCACAUCGUUCCUCCUCCACGGCCGAGCUCACCAUCAACUGCCGAGUACCGCCUCAAUCAUCUCAUGACGCGCAUCAAAGACCCAGAGAAGAGUUUGAAGUUCUACUGUGACUGCUUGGGCAUGCAUGUUGUGUUCAUUUUCAAUGCUGGUCCAUUUACCAUCUACUACCUUGGACCACGAGACAGUGGUAUGUCCACCCUCGGUACCUCAAAGGGGUUACUAGAGCUGUACCACAUCCCCGCAGACGCGUCUACGCCGUAUACUUCUGGCAAUGACUACUCUAAUUCGGCGGGCAUCGGCUUCGGUCACAUUGGAUUCACAGUACCAGAUGUCCCUGAAGCACUGGAAAGGAUCAAAAGCUUUGGCUACGAGGUCAUCAAGCCGCUGGAUGAGGCGAAAGAAGAGCAGAUGGGUUUGCCUGCAGAGGCUGUAGAAGGGAAACACGGGACAGUACAAGACGGCUACAAGCAUGUCUUCAAACAGCUCGCGUUCAUCUCCUCGCCGCUCAUCAAAGUUCUCGUUGGGCCAGAAUCUCAGCGUUCAGAACUGUUUGUUCACCAGUCCAUCAUCACGUCGCGAUCCAAGUUCUUCGCCAGCGCGCUUAGUGGCAGAUGGAACAACUCUGACGCUAAGACUGUCAGUCUCUACGAUGUUGACCCUGAGCUGAGAUUAGAAGAUGUUGACCACUAUUUGGAAGCCGUCUAUACGAAUCGCAUCACGCUCAAGGAUGACUCAAGCGUUCUUGAACGUAUAUGUCACGUAUACGUGAUAGCUGAAUUGCUGCUCGAUCUACAGACCCGUAAUCUGGCGACUCGGGCACUGUAUGAGCAGAUCUGCCGCCCUAUAUCUUAUCCGUUCGUUGCGCACACAUACCCUAGCUCAGAGUGUAUAAAGAUUAUCUACAAAGGUACAGUAGAUGGGGAUCUAAUGAGGGACCUACUUGUUCAUAGUUCGUGCGGUUUCGGGGGCCAUAGUUUACUCCAGUGCGAUGAUUUGCCGGAACAGUUCUUGAGUGAGCUAGCGACGGUGGCUGCGCCGAAGGGGUAUCGUAAACCUGGACCAGUCGAACCGUUGUUGUAUCAUUUGGAGGCAUAUCUUGAAGACGAUUCAUAA